CCUUGAGGGAUAGCCCUUAAUCGGGCAGAAAGUAUCAGAACUGUUUUCAUUGCCAGCAAUCUCUGUCAACUCCACUUCAGUGGCCGCAAUCCUAUACACAUAUUGAAGAAAGAAUAUUUUCUCUGUCUCCAAAUUUAACCAUUUGUAAAAUGGGAGCAUUUGUUACCGUACGCAUUAUCACUUCUAUUUUCUGCCUGCUAAUUUGUGGCGUGUGUUCCGAAGAUUACACCGAGGAUGAUGAGAUGAUUAUUUCUCUUAUUCUGCAAGAUGAUACACAGCCAGAAUCUGGACGGGAACCUUCUGCAGAUUUCUACAGGUGCCAGAAGGAUGCGUGGCGGAUCCCCGGACAGUAUAUCGUGAUGUUACGCGAAGGGACCCACGAGUCCCAGGUGGAGCGCACUAUUCGGCGGCUACGGGCCAAAGCGGCAAAGCGAGGAUACCUCAUCGAUGUGCUCCGGACCUUCUCAGGAGCCUUUCAUGGCAUCCUUGUCAAGAUGAGCAGCGAUGUGUUGGACCUGGCUGUGAAAUUGCCCCACGUAAAGUACAUCGAGGAAGACUCCUUCAUCUUCGCUCAGGGCAUUCCCUGGAACUUGGACCGAAUUGUGUUGAAUAAACAUGCUGCGGGGAAGUAUUCGCCGCCGAAUGAUGGUGAGCAGGUAGGGGUGUACCUUCUGGACACCAGUGUUCAGAGCAACCAUCGGGAAAUCGAGGGACGAGUUCUGAUCACCGACUUUAAUAGUGUGCCUGAAGAGGACGGAGUCCGCGUUCACAGACAGGCCAGCAAGUGUGACAGUCAUGGCACCCACACAGCAGGAGUGCUGAGUGGGCAGGGUUCAGGCGUGGCACGGGGUGCCAACAUACGCAGUGUCCGUGUGCUGAACUGCCAGGGAAAGGGUACUGUGUCAGGAGCCCUAUCUGGCCUGGAGUAUGUCCGUGCUUCUGUGCUGGCCCAGCCUUACAGCCCCCUUAUCGUUCUUCUGCCCUUUACUGGGGGGUUCAGUCGCACUCUUAACACCGCCUGUCGGGAGAUGGUUAGCAAUGGCGCGAUCCUCAUUGCCGCGGCAGGAAACUACCACGACGAUGCCUGUCUCUACUCACCUGCGUCGGAACCACAGGUUAUAACUGUGGGUGCUACCAACCUUGCUGACCAACCCAUGAACAAAGGGAUACUGGGGACUAACUAUGGCCGAUGUGUCGACCUCUUUGCCCCCGGAGAUAACAUUGUCAGUGCCUCCAGUGAUUGUGCCACGUGUUUCACUGCCAAGAGUGGAACCUCACAGGCAGCUGCCCAUGUGGCUGGAAUAGCAGCAGUAAUCCUCAACUCAAAUUCCAACCUCACAUCCACUGAAACCCUUCACCAGCUGCUACAGAACUCCGUCAAGCAUGUCAUGGAUUCCAGUGCCUUCCCAGAGGAGCACCGCUUAGCCACACCCAACAUGGUGGCUGGACUCCCCCCCCCCACAUCUAAAGGUGGCGGGUUGAUGUGCCGUUCGGUAUGGUCUCCAAAGUCUGGCUCCUCAAGCUUAGACAUGUCAGUAACCCGCUGCCGUGCUGGAGAGGAGAUGUUUAGCUGCUCCAGCUUCUCACCCAGUGGUGUUCGUUCAGGAAAUACCGUCCAUGAGCGAGAUGGUCAGAAGGAGUGUAUCGCUUACAACGCCUAUGGAAGCCAAGGUGUCUACGCCAUUGCCCGUUGCUGCACUUGGGAAGGUGUGCAUUGUGAGGUGAGAUCUGGCCAGCAGCAAGGUGAACAGGUGGAAUGCCCCAGCUCAGAUCACCAUCUCACGGGUUGUGGCUCUCAUUCGGUUUCUGGGGUGGAGGUUGACACAGUUCGCCCUCUCCACGGUGACAAAAAGGCAUGCUCUGGGGCGGUGGGCGUGAAAUCCCACGCUUUGUGCUGCCAGGCCCCCAGCCUGGAGUGCCAGUUGAAGGAGCACACAUCCCCUGGAUCUAGGGAGCAGGUGGAGGUUUCCUGUGAAGAGGGUUGGACGUUGACGGGCUGCAAUGCCUUGUCCCAGGGAGCAGUGACUCACGGGGCAUAUGCCAGGUGGGACACCUGUCUAGUGAAAAGCUCCGGGCAGAGGAAUGAAGUCGCUGUGGUUGCAACUUGUUGCCGUCAAAAACAGGCUCCUGAUCAAGCUGCGAGUAAACAAUAACCAGCCUGUCCACCUCGGGACUCAGCUCCGCCCUUCGAGGGCCUUGGAACGGCUAUUCAGAUCAUCUCUGCCUUUAUUAUUGCAUGUAAGCUGUAUAUAUUCACAUAAUGGCAUUAUGGACAUAGAGGCUUUGUCUGAAGAGGCACAGAGGAACCGUUACGUCUCCAACAGCUCCUUUUCAAGGCUUUUUCUUAUUUGAAAACAACUAGAGAAAAGACAUCGGGCAGUUAAUAUCUGAUUAAACGCCCUGUACAUUGCUAUUUGCCAUGGAAUGUUUGCAUAACAACAAACCGAGCAAUACGAUACAUAUUACAAGUAAUUAACACAUGGGACUAUAUUGUAUAUAUAACAAAAAGUGUUUUAUAAAACUAGGUGACGCAGUGAUUAGCACUGUUGCCUCACACCUCUGGGACCAACUUUCGAGUGUUCGAUCAGCACCCCAUGCUGGGUUGUUUCCUGCCUUGUGUCCAUAGGCUCUGGACGCCCCCCCCCCCCCCCCCCCCCCCCGUGACCCUGAAUAGUACAAGCAGUUAUCGAAAAUGGAUGGUGAUGUACUAAACACAAUUUUUUACUUUGUACGGUUUGAAGGUACCAGCAGGCCUGGUAUUAAUCAUCUGUAUUGCUCUACAAUACUCGUGCCUUGUGGCUAUUUUUUUAAAGAUAAAUGUUGAAAUAGUCUCAACAUACGCAUGCUGUCUGGCCAUUAUAAUUCAGUCUAUUCAGAUACUUCAAUUUUGUUUUUCAGGUCACCGUGGCAUAGUUAGCAGUACAUUGCGAUGCUGUUUUUCUCUCGGAAUAGUGAGAUGUGUUUUAUAUUAUGACUGACUCAAUGCCUUUAUCUAGUUCAUACUGAGUUUAGUAAAACAAAAAAUGAAAAAUUACCCAAACAGAACUAAAGGGGGAAUAACGCUCUUUGUGAAUAAUGUUCUUUGUGUGGCACACUUCCUUUAAGACUUGGGAAAUCCUGUUGAAUAUAUGACUCUUUAGGGCUUUCUGUGACAACAAGAAACUCUAUCCUGUGUAUGUUUUUUUAUUUUGAAUUUUAUUUUUAAAUUGACAUUGACAUUCAUGUUCAUGUAAGAGUAAUUUGGUGUUCAGGGGGAAGAGGGUCUGCUUCGCUGUGCUCGCGGAUGGAGCGCGGGGGUGAGAUGAGGCGGCGGAGGAGGUAAAAGGGGAGAGUUGGCGCGGGAGAGGGAGAGAAAAAGCAGCGGGAAGCGCGUAGCGCUGAGCGGAGUUUAUAUGUUCACAUUGCUUAUAUCAGGGGAGUAAAUAUGUAUACACACACACACACACACACACACACACACACACACACAUAUAUAUAUAUAUAUAUAUAUAUAUAUAUAUAUAUAUAUAUAUAUAUAUACACAUAUACAUAAAUAUAUAUAUACACAUAUACAUAUAUAUAUAUAUAUAUAUAUAUAUAUAUAUAUAUAUAUAUAUAUAUAUAUAUAUACAUAUAUAUAUACAUAUAUAUGCUUAUCCUUAUACAGUCUCCUGCCUCAUUUCUAAAUAAACCAUGAAGCCUAACGAACCCCAGCCAAGAAAUGAGCGUCACAUUCAUAAAACAACCAAACUAACAUUCACAAGGGCAUCUGACUUACGAAACUGACUUUCUCAGACUCUAAACUAAUUUCCUUUACUUACAGAUAAGCAAAAAAUAUAUAUUGUUGAGAUGCUAAUUUUUGACUUUUGUAUUGUAAUAUAAGUGUGCAUUUUGUCAACCAUUUGUAUUGCAUUCAUUUUUAAAUAAAAUCAGUUUUAAAUAAA